GUAAUUUUGAAUUUAUUCUUGAUUAGAAAGAGAAUUAAUCUGAUUAUAAGAUUUUAUCAAUAUUAUUCUACUGUUUUAAAUAAACCGAUAGUGACAUGGAAUUGUGGCUUGUUGUAUAUAAUGGAAUAAAACAAAGAUUUUAAUGGGUAAGUAUUUCUUUGUUUAAAUAGAUAUCAAACACUAGUGUUAUUUGGUUAUUAUGAUAUAAUCAUUUCCUUUACAAACAUCAUUAAUAAUGAAUAACUAUUUAAUAGAUUUGAAAGCUGUAUUGUUGUAUGCAGUUAUUGACUGAAAUACAGAGUCUAAUUGCUCAAAGUCAUUCAGAAUCACUGAAAUGUUAAUAAAUUCAUAUUUUUUGGACUAACUGAUUAUAUAACCUAAUUAAGAUGUUCAUAAUAUCUGACUGGUAUUCAUCCCAGUACAUAGUUCGCGUUCAUUGGUAUAUGUUUAAAUACAGUUAAUACAGUCUACCCUUACAUACAUAAAGAAAUAAUAAAUUAUGUAUAUUUGAUUACGAUUCGGUUUAUACGGAAGAGUAACUGUAAGAUUCAAUUAAAGAAACUGAGCGUGCUUACUAGACGAUUUCUUUUUCCUUUUAAUUUCUUCAUGAAAGAGCACUUUACUAUCUAUUAGACUAAUUGGAUCAGUGCAAUAUAUAAUAUAAGAGAUAUACUUAACUGUUAUUUAGUAAAAUUACAUUAUAGCUGUCCCAUAUUUGAUUAUGAAAUGAUACUGCUUCAUGACCAAUACUGGAGUGAACAAGGUGACCAAUGGGGACAAAUAAUUACAGAGCAUCUCAAUAAAAUCUGAGAACCACACAUUAAAUCGUUAAUUUGCAAAAUAUCAAUCCAUUAUAUCAAACUUGACUGUUCGUGUUGCGAACAUCAAUCCAUUUUCUCAGAUUUCAUUGUUCAUGCGUUUUCAUACCAAUUGAGAUUCGCUUACAUUCUUUCUUCAUCGACCUUCUACUAAAAUACAUUCUAUGCCUGACCACCGUCAUAUACUACUUGUGUGGAUAUAAGUAAUCCACACCACACUACUACUAACAUCUAAUCAAGUACCGUUUCCAAUUUCUUAGUUUAAAUUUCAAUCAAAAAGCGUAUACAAGUGGUUCAAAUUUGACAACACUGAAACUCUGUCACUUACCUUUAUUGCAAUGUAGGUGUUACAUUAAGUGGGUUAAUAUCUGAUCUACAUUUUUUUAAAAAUAACAAGACCGAUGCCUUAGCUGCUUCGCUUUACAGCUUAUUUAUUUUAUAAAUUGUAGACAACCAGUUGACUAUCAUUUGAAUUAGUGUUUUCAUCAAUGUAGUAUGACAUAUUUAUGAUAGGAUUUAUGUUGUAUACGACUGAUGGAGUAAAAAACUUUCCGUACUAAAACAAAGUUUUUGUUACUUUAUGAAUAAACACGUAGUAUUAAAUAACAUUAUUAUUAUAUGACAACAUUAUUAUUUGACAAAUUUCAAGCAAGCAUUUGAGACAUUUUUCAGGAUGAGUAAAAAUUAUUAUCCCAUGCAUUGAAUUGAAAUGACCACUAUAUUAUUCAAUCAUGUCAUGUAAUAAUCGCCUGAGAAGAUAAAGCUGAAUUUUUGACAGUUGAUUAACUAAAUAUAUAAAUGACGUUGUUGCUACUAUGGAGAUAUCAAAUUAUUUUAUUCUUAUCCUAAUUCGUCUUACUUUUGAAGAAACUUGUUCUAGUAAAUGGUUUUAGUGAUUAAUUUAAAAACAUGUUAUGAUUAUCAUUUUUAUUACCGUUUCAUGUUCACUUGUAAAAGAAUAAUGCUUGUUAAAAUAAUUCACAUCAAAUAGACAUCACACUGUUUUUAAGAAUGACAAUAACAUGGCAACACGGUCAUGAAUUAAAAAAUUCAGCUGCAUUGAUAAUUAUAUUUUUUUCUUUUAUACACAAUAAUCUAAGGCCUGUUGUGUAUCUAAACAUAUACUCGAAAUACCACCUGAUUCAUUUUUCACCUAACUACAAGUUAUCAAACGACAUGAAUCGGCUAGUUUUGUAGAUCAUACCAAUUCAUCUUAACAUCGCCAGUAAUGAAUAUAAUGACAUUAUAUGAAAUAAUUUUAUAUAUUCGUUCUACUUAAUUCUUUCAUCAGAAAAGUAACUACUGUGAAAUAACUUUGCGUUGUCUUUUAUUACACGAAAUAACUAGCUAUUCAAAAUAAAACAUUUUAAUAUUACAUAACAGAAAUUGGAACUAACGCUGUAUAAGAUUUAAUAAUCUAUAAAGAACAAUAACCACAAUAAGAACAGAAUAAUCAAUAAAUGAAAUAAUGAUGCAUUAGUAUUGAGUAGAAAAAGAACAAUCUAAAAAGUGAUUUAAACAAGUUUUUACUGUACUAUCCAAUACUUCAUGAAUUAUAAUUAUUCACAUUUUGGAUUGUACAUUAUGGAUAUAAAAGAUCUUCAAUUCUAAUGGCUUUAUUGAAUAUGUCAUGCUGUCUUUACAUUGUUGUAUUAUAAUACUCACACUACAGACAAAAUUGUUUAUAUUAUUCUCAUUUAUGUUAUGCGUUAAAAUAAAUUUUAUUAAUUAUGGAAUACAUUUAUUACAUGCCGAAUCUUUUGAUUCGUCAUCAUCAUCGUCGUCGUCACUAUCAUCAAUAUCAUUGUUACGUACGGACAGGUCAACAUCAAAUGUAUAUAUUGUAGAUUUUAUGCUUCCAGACGAAUUACCUCAAGAUCAUUUUAUUGGUAACAUUCCAAAAAAUAUUCCAAAUUUUCCAUUUCAUAAUAUACUCAAUUCCUCAGUUAGUACUACAUUAGUUGAUUCCAGUGGAUUUUUAUUACAAUUAUUUCGUGUAACAGAUAAUGGUGAUUUUUAUACACAAACUUUAAUUGAUCGUGAUAGUCAGGAUCAUUUAUGUGGACCAUUAAAUUGUUGUCAUUUAAUUGUUUGUAAUUUAACAGUAGAUGUUUUAUUUUUCCACCCAAUCAUUGAAUCAAUUACAGUACAUGUAAAUUUACAAAUACAUGAUGCUAAUGACAAUUCACCUCAUUUUACACAACAAACAUUUUCAUUAUGGAUACCAGAGGAUAAUCGACUUAAAUAUACUGAUUUAGAUAUUCAAAACAUGCAUAAAACAAUAUAUGGAUUACCAUUAGCUACUGAUAUUGAUUCUGCACCAAAUGGUGUUGUACAAUAUCGUAUACAUGGUAGUUUACUUGUCGUAUCAACAUUCCAAAUUUAUAGUAAUUUAAGUAUUGAGAAAUUAGGUCUUUUAAUUAAACCAGGUGUUCUUCUUGAUUAUGAUAAUGUAAAUCAACGAAUAUUCAAAUUAACCAUUGAAGCAGUUGAUGGUGGUCAUCCAGCUAGAACUGGUCGAAUGCUUGUACUUGUACAUAUCACAGAUGUAAAUGAUAAUAUACCUGUAUUUAAAAAAUCUAGAGAUUCUAUAACUUUACUAGAAAACACUAUGUUUGAUGAACCAAUUUACACGGUACAGGCUACUGAUAUGGAUUCAGAUGAUAAUGGUCUUAUAAAGUAUACUUUGUCAUUGGCGAACCCAAUUACUCCAUCAUCUGUUAUGGAGAAAUUUACAUUUCAUUCCACUACUGGUGAAUUAUAUUUACGGAAUGUUUUAGAUUAUGAGACAUUUCAAGAGAGACAAAUAGACUUGUUAUUCAUUGCUUGUGAUACCGGUGAUCCGCCGCUUUCAUCAACAGCCCAGUUAACAAUUUAUUUACAGGAUAUUAAUGAUAAUCCACCACAAUUAAUUAUACAAUUGAAUAAUACAAUUAAGGAGAAUAGUGAACCUGGUCAAAUUGCUCUACGUCUUAUGAUCCGUGAUAAAGAUGAAGUAUCACGUGACAUGGUCGCAUGUCAUUCGGAUCAUUCAAAUCUGCACGUUCCAUUAAAAGUGUCAAUAUCUGAUGAUAAAACAAUGAUAACGGUCAUUACAAAUGCAACAAUUGAUUAUGAAUUAACGCCAAGACUAUACUAUACAAUAACAUGUUUAGAUGAAGCUAAUCCAAAACAAAUGAGACAAUUUAACCUUACGAUUUCUAUAGGCGAUGUAAAUGAUAAUCCACCAAAAUUCAAAUCAUCUACAUUUGCUCCAAAAAUAGGUCAUUAUAAAAUUUUACUAAGUGAAGCUGAGCCAGUUAAUCAAUUAUUACUAAUUGUAACAGCUGAAGAUGUAGAUAGUGGAGAAAAUGGACGAGUAACUUAUAGUCUAAUGGAAAUAGACCAUAAUACAGAGAUACCUACUGUUAAUGCUUUGCAGUACUUUAAAAUUGAUAGUCAAACUGGUAGUAUAUUUCUAAUUAAACAGUUAGACUAUGAACAAAAUGACUUAUUACGUUUUAAAGUAUUAGCUGAAGAUAAUCCUAGACCAGCAGAUGGUAUACGUUUGAGUUCUGUGGCUACAGUUAUUGUACAAAUAUUAGAUGUUAAUGACAAUGGACCAAAACUAAUUAGCUCAGACACUUUAAGUAUAACUGAACAUUCACCAGUUGGUACAGAUUUAGGUUUAUUAAAAUUUACUGAUCCUGAUACAGGACCUGGUGGUCAGAUAGCACAUAUCACUUUGAUUAAUUCAUUCUCAUUAAUUAAAACAGAUGAGAAACAUUCAAUACAGAAUAAAUGUAAUAUUUUCAAUGAAGGUACUCAUUAUUUUAAAUUAACUGAUAAUGGCCAUUUAUUAUCGAUACAAUCAAUUGAUCGUGAAGAAUGUUCAAUAAUAUAUUUACCUGUUUAUGCAAUCGACCGUGGUCUACCAAAUCCAAUAACAAGCACUACAACAUUAACAAUACACAUACUUGAUAUCAAUGAUAACAUUCCAAUAAUUGAAAAACCAAAAUUAGGUGAAACAUUAAUUUAUCAACCAAUAAAGUUAGUCGAUUGGGAUAGUUUAUCAUUUUAUCAGUUAACAAAUAAACAUGAUAAAAUUUUAAAUUAUAAACUACUGAAUAACACAUAUUUAAAACAAAAUAUUAAUAAUAAAAUGUCAAGAAAGUAUAUUUAUAGUAGAGUGGCAUUUCAAUUACAAGCGAAUGAUUUAGAUGCUGGUGAAAAUGGACGUAUUACAUAUCAACAGAAUACUAGUUGUAAUGGUUCAAAAUAUUUCCAUUUAGAUGAAUUUUCUGGAGAAUUUCGUGCACGCUUUAUUGAUUAUCAGAAAUUAUCAACUCCUGAAUUAAUUGAAUCAGAUGCUAGACGUGGAAUUUAUCAUCUAUGUGUACAGCUUACUGAUAAUGGUAAGCCAUCAUUACAAACAACCACUUGGUUUUAUGUUAAAGUUAUUGAUCCAAUCAUGCCACCUAGUGUACACAAUAUGUGGCCAGCUGAUUCAGCAAAUGAUAUGGAUUUAUUAUUUCCACAUUUUUAUAAUUCAACAAAUUCUCUAUGGUCUACAGAUUUUUUUGAUACAUCCAAAUCGGAUGCAGUACGUUUACCUAUUGAUAUGAAUAUCAGUAAUAUUGUGAUUUCCUUGUUGUUGGCCAUUUUCGCUAUUACUAUUAUUUGUACAUUGACAGCAGCAAUCUUAUGGGCACGUACUAAACGACGAUUUAAAAGAGCACAUGGGAAAAUUAUAAAAUCUAACUGUACAAAUAACACUCUUAGUAAUAAUAAUAAUCAAAAUACAAAUAACACAACCAAAUUCAAAUUAUCAAACAAAAAUAUAAGACAAGAAAACAAUAAAACUAUAAAGCUCUCUCCAAUAAGCUCAAAAUUCAAGCAUAAAACACUAUUCCAUCAUACUGACACUAGUAGCACAAUUAGUCAAAUUCAUAAUAAAAAUAAUUAUUAUGGUAGUUGUAGUAGUAUAUCCAGUAAUGAUAAUAGUAAUGAUACAUCAUGUAACAUGAAAGUUGACAAUCUAUGCAAACAAUUAACAACUAAUACUGAAACUGUAAAUAAUACUACUAAUAAUAAUGUUAUUAGUAGUCAUAAUUAUGACAUUAAUAAAAUUAGUAGUCAAACUGUUAUAUCUUGUGUAAAAUCUCCAAAAUUAUAUGCACCAGUCAAACAUAAAAAUGAAUUUGAAAAGAAUACAUCUAAAAAACGAUUUUCUACAGGUUUAUUUCAUAAAAAUAAAUUAACAAAUAUAAGUAGUGAUAGUAACUAUGUAGCAUUAAAUAAAAUUCAUUAUACUUCAACAUAUUCUGAAAAACUUCAACAUUUGCCACAAGAAUAUAAACAAGUUGCAGAAAUUAAUACUCAUAUUGAUUCUGACAAUCCAUUUCUUUUACCCUGUGAUCUUAUUUCAGUAUGUCCUAAACAUAAUUUCACUGAUAGUGAUAAUAAUAAGCAUAGUAAUAUUGGAAAUAAUAAUAACAAUAAAAAUAAUUUUUAUACCAGUGAUACCUGUGAGACACCACCAACUUGUUGUUCAUUAAUUACUGUACAAUCAACAAGUCCACAAUUAAAAUAUUCAGAAAAUGAUAUUUUUCAUCAUUUUCAUUAUGGACAAGAAACACUAUCAAGUCAACAGCAUGAUCAAUUAUAUUCAUUGCCAUGUGCAACACAUUUUGUAACAAUAGAUCCUAAUAAUGUUGAACUUAGAUCAAUGAAUACUAUGAAUUCAAUAAAUGAAAAGAAAAUAAAUUAUCCAACUAAUCUACUUUCAGAAAGCAUGAUAACAUGUUGUUCAACAAUUCCCAUUGUCAGCACGUUAUCCAGGGGAUGUCCAACUCAUGGUCCACACUUGAUUUUACAUCAUGAUGAACAUAGUAACUUCUCAUCACCGACAAGAAUUUACGCUGUCAGCUCAGUAUUAGAAUCAUUUGGUAAUUUUACAACAACUAUAACAACAUCACCUACUUCAACUACUACAAAAAUACUAACUGAUCAAACACAAACUGCAUAUGAAUUAAGAUUAGAACCAAUUUUAUCUGAUGUUACAUUAACAUCAACAACAUCGACCACAGAUGAUGAUGGUCCCGGUGUUGAAAACGGUGAUAAUGAACAUCGAACAGAUAAUACAGAAACAAUCUCAUGGAUUCCUGUUUCAAUACUUACUGAAAAUUUUACUACACCUACUCAUCAAUCAGAAUUUAUUUGUAAUGAGAAUAAUUGACUCAGUCACAAUUACUUAACACUAAAUAAGUAUUGAUCAUUAUAGUACUUAUUAUUGAUAAUAUUUAAUGAUCUAUUUUUGCAAUUUCAAAACAGUAAUUAUUCCUCAGUUUAUAGAAAUAAUUAAAAUUUCAAAAUUAUUUGGGUAAAGUUUCAAUAUGUGAACACUUAUAUAUAAAUAUCCAGUAACAAAUAAUUUCAUCACUGAUGGGGGGGGGACACAAAGUUAUAAAAUAAAUUUCAUUUCAUAUGGAUAAUACUUCUAGAGAAAGCACAACAAAAAGAAAACAACUGUGGAGAGAACACUGCCUCUAGAUUUAUAUAUAUAUAUAUAUAUAUAUAUAUAUAUAUAUAUAUA